CAGCACUUAACUUUCUUUACUUUAAUUUAUUUAUUAUUCGUCGGAAUAUUCAAUUUAGAUCAGUCAGUUCUUGAUAAUAGUAUUCAUUAAUUCAAACUCCUUGUGAAUAAUUAUAAUAAUUACAUGAAAUUAGUGAUUCUUUGGAGAUACACGCUUCGUGCAGCCGAAAAUAAAUAUAACAGUAUUGUAAAUAAUAUAAAAAACAGCCAAUUAAGACAUCAGAUUAGACAAGGUUCAACAAUGAGUGAAAAAUUUAAAUUACCUGCGCGAUAUGGUGCUGGAGAUAAAAGUGUUUGGGUGGAGUAUAUAGAACUAGCUUCAACAUACAAACCACCUGUGAACCUCGGCCAGGGCUUCCCAGAUUACCAUGCACCAGAACAUGUUACAAAAGCCCUCGCUGCAAUCACCACUGGUGAUAAUCCAUUACUCAAUCAGUACACAAGAGGUUUUGGCCAUCCAAGACUUGUACAGAACUUAGCGAAAUUAUACUCACCAUUGAUAGGAAGAGAAAUAGAUCCAUUAAAUGAAAUAUUGGUCAGCAGUGGAGCAUACGAAGCUUUAUUCUGUGCUAUUUUAGGUCAUGUGGACCAUGGUGAUGAAGUGAUUGUAAUUGAACCAUUCUUUGACUGCUACGACUACAUGAUAAAAUUCGCUGGUGGCAUCCCUAAAUUCAUUGCUUUGCAACCCAAAACAGAUAAAUCUGAUGUAUCCUCAGCUGACUGGGUGCUGGAUGAAAAAGAACUAAUCUCCCUGUUCAACCCGCGGACCAAAAUGAUAAUCCUGAACACCCCACACAACCCCCUCGGCAAAGUGUUCACUCAACAAGAAUUGGAACUGAUCGCAGACUUGUGCAAGAAACACAAUGUACUGUGCCUCUCUGAUGAAGUGUAUGAAUGGAUGGUGUUCAAACCACAUAAACAUAUUAGAAUAGCCAGCCUACCCGGCAUGUGGGAGCGGACCAUCACGGUGGGCUCAGCAGGCAAGACUUUCUCCGUGACGGGGUGGAAAACAGGCUGGGCGUAUGCACCUGCCAACUUGAUGAGGAACCUGCAAGUGGUACAUCAGAACUGUGUGUACACGUGCUGCACUCCCGUACAGGAGGCCGUAGCCCGCGGACUCGAGUAUGAACUAGCUCGCUACGACUCACCAGAAUGCUAUUUCUUCUCACUGGCCCGCGAACUGAUCGCAAAAAGGGACUACGUUGUCAAAAUACUGAAGGAGACUGGCUUCAAACCGACUGUGCCGGAUGGUGGUUACUUCAUUGUCGCUGACUGGACCGCUUUAGAAAAGAAAAUAGAUCUGAACUCUGAGAACGACAAAUACAAAGACUAUCGGUUUACGAAGAAGUUCGCCAAAGAGGCAGGUGUGCUGGCCAUCCCGCCGUCUGCCUUCUACUCUGAAGAACAUAAACAUUUAGGCGAGAACUAUGCCAGGUUCUGCUUUAUCAAGAAAGACGAGAAUCUCGCAUUGACUGAGAAGUUACUAAAGGAAUGGGGUAGCAAGAAAAAAGAUUGACUAUAUUAAAUGUAAAAUGUGAUAUUAUACUUCUAUUGGUGCGGUGCAAAAUAUUAAUGCGGUAACUAAACAAACUGAAAAACCACUUCUACAUCUAUGACAGCGAUUUCGUUCAACGAUUCUACACUUCUUUCUUAAAAGUGCAAAUUAAAAAGAAUCACUAUAGUCUGUACUCAAUACAAACUAUAG